CUCCUUCCUUUCCAAUAGUCAUACCCAUCGAAUUACAUGGAGUCAAUGAAGCCCAACAAGUAUGGUGUCAUCUACUCCACACCGUUACCUGACAAGUUCUUCCAGACCCCAGAAGGCCUGUCGCACGGGAUGCAGAUGGAGCCAGUGGACCUCACUGUGAACAAACGGAGCUCCCCGCCCUCCACAGGGAGCUCUCCUUCCUCGCUGAAGUUUCAGGCCUCGCACCGGAGAGGCUCGCCCGGGUUGAGCAUGCCCUCUUCCAGCCCGCCCGUGAAAAAGUACUCACCGCCUCCCCCGGGAGUGCAGCCCUUUGGCGUGCCGCUGUCCAUGCCUCCCGUGAUGGCCGCAGCCCUCUCCCGGCACGGGAUCCGGAGCCCCGGGAUCCUGCCCGUCAUACAGCCCGUGGUGGUGCAGCCGGUCCCCUUUAUGUACACCAGUCACCUCCAGCAGCCGCUCAUGGUCUCCUUAUCCGAGGAAAUGGAAAAUUCAAAUAGUAGCAUGCAAGUACCUGUAAUUGAAUCAUAUGAGAAGCCUAUAUUACAGAAAAAAAUUAAAAUAGAACCUGGGAUUGAACCACAGAGGACAGAUUAUUAUCCUGAAGAAAUGUCACCCCCUUUAAUGAACUCAGUGUCCCCCCCGCAAGCAUUGUUGCAAGAGAACCACCCUUCUGUCAUAGUGCAGCCGGGGAAGAGACCUUUACCUGUGGAGUCUCCCGACACCCAGAGGAAGCGGCGGAUACACAGAUGUGAUUAUGAUGGAUGCAACAAAGUGUACACUAAGAGCUCUCACUUGAAAGCACACAGAAGAACACAUACAGGAGAAAAACCCUACAAAUGUACAUGGGAAGGAUGCACAUGGAAGUUUGCUCGGUCUGAUGAACUAACAAGACAUUUCCGAAAACAUACUGGAAUCAAACCUUUCCAGUGUCCAGACUGUGACCGCAGCUUCUCCCGUUCCGACCAUCUUGCCCUACACAGGAAACGCCACAUGCUAGUUUGAAUGCCUCCUCAGCGCGGCUCCCCACUCUCCCGGCUCUCUCUCUCUGUCCUCCCUCCCAUUAUGUAACUCAUUUUUUACAUGUACAUUUUAAUUUGGAUUCAGCUGGUCUGAAUCUCUGAAUUUAUAUCAUUCAAACUUCCGUAUGGUCAGUAGUAAAUACUCUCUAACCCUCCCUCUCCUUACCACGGGUCAGACCUAAAGAAUGUGAACACUUUUUUUUCCGGGGAUGCUAAGCAAACCCUUCUUACAAAGAUGUUUAAUGAGAACAAGGGAACAUGUAAACAAACAUAACCAACUGUCAGUUUCUCCAUGUAUUCCUCAGAAGAAUGUCAAAGUAAAUGUAUUAGAAAUACAGUAUCCAGCCUGCUAGUCCUUGCCAGAGACAUUCAUGCCUCUGUGCCUGUGAUCUCAUUUUCUGCUUUACAGAGGAAAGAAGGGUGGAUCCUUCCCCAGGCCAGCUACAAGUGCAGCAAAAUCUCAGGCUAGUACAGUCAGCUCUUCCUUCACAAAUCUCGUCAGCUUGGAUAUAUCAUUCAACUAAAUAAGUCCUUGACCCUCCUCUGUGCCUGCGCUAGGAAGGUGGUCUUGGCCUUCAUUGAGAGAUGAGCCAGAGCUGCUGAUUUAGGUGGGUGAUGUCUGUCACUCUCAGUUCAAGGGGUGGAUGCUGAACUUGCAUAGCCUGGAGUUGGAACAGAGGGGGGCACAGAAGGAAGCCGGCCACUCCUCCAGGGCAAGGUGUUUUCAGUGAGGUUUCAUCAUUUUGUUAGCUGCACAGUGCGUUCCCAGAGCUCCAGUCUCUGGCAUAUUCAGCUGUGCAGAACCAUACUGCAAAGCCAGAUACUGAGGGGAUUAUCUAUGCACCUGUCUCCAUUCCUAGAUGUCCUUAAUGUGGAUCAUCAAGCAUUGAUAGGGAUACCACAGAAAUAUUUGCCCACUAAUGGUAAAAAAAAAUAUUUUGGGUAAGAAUAUGGACGGCCUUUCUUUUACCCAAACUACUAAGAGCUCUUUUGCAAACAGGGAAGCGUUGAGUGGUAAUUGUAUUCCCAUGCCACAUUAAUCAUAUAGCUUUUAUACAGAAACUCUUCUGUAUGAGCUGUAAGGUGCCAAACUGUCAUUUGUGUUCAUGACACAUAUCAUAAAUAGACAUCUGCUAAUGCUUUUGUAGAUUGAUUCAAUUUAAGGCCUGAGUGACAUUAUUUGUAACUAUAACUGGUUGUGAAGCACACAUACCUUUACCUGAGGCACAGAUUUCUGAAAGAUAUAGACAACCACAGUUCAGGGAUUUAUGUGUGUGUGUGUGUGUGUGUGUGUGUGUGUGUGUGUAUAUAUUCCCAAAAGUUUACUGUUAGAACUAACAGUAACCGUUAAUCUCCUAUCACUAUCAAGUAUCCUGUCAGAAGAACCUGAAAAUGACUCGUGUUUAUGUUGAGGAUAAAUAGCACCAUCAUUUGGGGGAAGUUUUUUUCAAAAGCUGGCUUUUGAGCACUAUAGUCUAAAUGCCAAUAAAAAUAAUUCAUGCAUAAAAAUGCCAUUGGUCCUAAAUUUGAAGAAAGUGGGUGAUGGUGGUCAAAUGUGGGUGUGUAUAGCCAAAUGUGCCUUCAUCCCUCGAUAAAGGGUGGAGGAGAAGAGAGAAGAAUGGAAUCCUGAAGAUUCAUCCCAGCCACAAAUCAGGAUCCAGCACAGCCUUAACUGGGGGAUGCAUUGUGUUUAAUUGUUCUUAAAACAUCAGAGAAUGAGUGAUUCUUGAGGCCUGCAAAUUGUGUGGGGAGCUGAACUUGGAUGGCACUAUGUUAGUGAAAGUUGGUUGUAGGGACUGUGCACCUAAGAGAUCCCACUCAUUGGCCCUGUGAACCACCUGAAAAGAAAUGUAGUCAAGAAACGCAAAGUAAAUUGUUAUCUUUGCACUUGGUUCUGAUGUUCUUUUGUAAGCACUGCAAAAUCUGUUAAUAUUAAAGCAACCUAAUUGGGCUUUUUUUCUUUCUUUUUUUUUUUUGCAAUUAUGAUGUUAAUUGAGGGAUAAAAAUGGCUCUGGGAAAAGUAGGUAUCAUCUAUGUUGUACUUAGUCACAUUCAUGCCAGAGUGUCUAUUUCUUGAUAUGGUUCUUCCACAACACACGAAUGAAGUUGGAACGUAAGGAACUUUUUUGUUUUGAUGGAGAUGACCAGUUUAUGUGUUCUGAUGUAGUUGUAGGAAGAGGGGCAAGAAAGGGUAGAAUUAAUCUUUAAAUAAUUAGCUUUGAGUGUGAGUCCAGUUCAUAGAAAGCUUCAUGAGUUCUCAUGAAACCUGAUGUGUUUGCUAUGGCAUAUUUAAAUUCUUGCUUCAAAAGAGCAAGACUGCAAAGACUAUGCUAUUCAGUUUGCUUAGAUUAUAUUAACCGUUUAUUAACAAAUUUCCAUUUUAACUCAAAGAAAAGCAGCCCAGAGAGACCAUACUCUGUUCCCACGCUGGUCUGUAUACCUUAGUUACCACUUGGCUCUUAAGCAAAUUUUCCUUUUUUAUAUAUAUUUGUAUUUUACUAUGUUAGUUGAGAAAUUUAGUCUCUUAGUCAUUUUUAGCUGUUAUCAUGGAAGACCUCAAAUAUAAGAUAAGAUGCCCUUGAAUAUGUGGUUUUAAUGAUGUGCCAUGUUACUAUCAAUGGUGAUUUUAAUUGCAAGUUUAAAUUGAUGAGAAUGAUUUGUAAACAUGGAGUUAGUUUGUGUAAGUUCUGUUUGUUAGAGAAUUUCUUUGAUUAUCCAAGUGUCAGCUUGGAGAAGAAUUCAGAAAAAUAAAAUCUGAAUCCAGUAUAUGUUAGAUUUCUAAAAUGUGAAUCUACAUCAUAAAUGGGCAUUAACAUUCUAAAUCACCUGGAUUGGAGAAUGUGUUAGCAGCAUAGCUAUGUUCAACCAAGGAAAUGCUAAAUACACAGAAAUUUCAAGAGCCUUGGAACAGAUAUACAGGGGAACUAUAUAUGUAUAUGUAUAUUUUAUUAAACACCCGUCUGCACUAUCAGUGUUGCACUAAUGUGGAAUUUGAAAGACUGUAUUUCUGAUACUGUAUAUCUGCCUGUCAUCCUUGAUUAGAUUGUUUUAAAGACAAUCUCAAAGAUCUGAGGUUUUGAAAUGAUUGGUUUGAAAAUACAGUCAUCUUGAAGGAAUUACUGUCAUACAUGAAGUUGCUCAGAGUUGUCUUUAUUUUCUCAGUCAAGGUUAACAAUUUCUCAAUGAUAGCAAAUUCACUUAAGAAAUAAUACAUUUACAAAGCCAUUUUACAUGCAUUAAAUGAGGGCUACAACAAUACUAUGUUUUACAAAUACUAGCACUUUUUUUUUUUGGCUGUUAUGUACUUAGUGUUAGAGGGUCAAAAUAAUCUUUCUGCUUAGCAUCUCUUAAACCACACCUGCAAGUAUAGCAGGAUUAUUACAUUUACAGUACUUUACUACUUGUAUAAACUAUGCAGAAAUUUUUAAUAAAGUGUAAUAUAUUUUAUAAGCUAAUAAGACUGAGUGGGUAAAGGUUUUUAGCAUGCGUUAGUAUACUUGCAAAUACUGAAACAUUUUGGUAAUCUUUCUUACUAAAGAUGUGAAUGUUUAAUGUACCUUCUCUGUUUCUACUCUGUAGUCCAAUGGGAAUUCAGUAAUGACAUUUUGUCAUGUCAAACUGUGAACAUAAAUUUGUACUGUACAGUCCUCAUAUACUAUAUACAGUAUGCAAUAUAUGUAUUAUAUACUUGUUAAUAAAAACCAUCAGAACAUUAA